AUGUAUGACAACACAAUAAGCAAGGAAGCAGAUCUUCCAUGCAAGGUUUGGCGUCCUCUUCCUGCUGAGCCUGCAGAGCAGAGUGGGCUCAGCAAUGAAGAUUAUGAUAACUGCAGCAUAGAAAGUAACUACGACAGUAUCUCGCUACCUUGUGAAAGGAAGACACCAGCUAAACCAUUGGAUCCUGAUACAAAAGCUGUUACCGGUCCAUCCAUCUUUUUUCCAAUCCAAUGGAAAAAGUACUGGAAAAGAAACCGAAUUGGUGUUCUCUUGAGCCUCACUGGUGUCUGUCUCCUCCUUAGUCUCCUCCUCCUCCUCUCAAAUAUUUCAAUAUUUCCAAAACUCAGAUCACUAAAUUUGAUCUCCACAAAAGAAGUCUGUGAUGCUUCCCCAGCACCAUUCAAUUUCACAGAACUAGAGACGAGUGUUAUAACCAAACUCAAAAGCUUAGAACAACAAUUUGAUGAGAAGAGAAAAGUCAGCCUGCAGAAAAUGGAAGAACAACUACUCAGAAUAGAAAGAAAAUUAGGUAGACUACAAAAUUGCAAAGAUACUUCAUGGCGGAAGUUUCAGACAAAUGUUUACUACUUCUCUGACACAGAAGAAAAUUGGAAGAUGGCAAGAGAAAAAUGUGCUGAUCUUGAUUCUCACCUUGUCAUUAUUAAUACCAAGCAAGAACAGGAUUUUGUGAUUGAGACUUUAAAACAAUCCAUUUGGCUUGGCUUAAAUGAUACAGAGGAAGAAGGAACUUGGCGUUGGAUUGAUGGAUCACCACUGGGCGAACUGAGGAGCUGGAGAACAGGUGAACCCAAUAAUAAUGGGAAAAAUGGUGAAGAUUGUGCUGUCCUAUAUAAAGAGGGAAAUUGGAAUGACAUUCGGUGUGAUACACGAGUUAAGUUUGUGUGUGAAAAGAAAGAGGUCUCUGUGCAAUGACUUUCCUUGUAUAUGUCUCUUAAUUCAAGAGGGUUUCUCUUUUCCAAAUUUGGUAGAGAAUUCCCGAUAUAAUGCUUAUUUGUAUGGGUAAUUAAAGAUCAACACCGCUGCCUUGGUUACCUAGAUAAUUUUGACCAAGCAGGACUUUUAGUGAUAGCUCAUAUACACAGUAUACCUUUCAUAGUUUCUUCUCAUAAAGCCAGCCCUCUGCCUAAAACAACCUUGUCACUUGUUCACCAAGACUGUUUCCAAUAUCACCAUAACUUUGCUGAAAUGCAGGUAGAGCAGCUUCGUAAAUGAACAUUUAAAGUAAAGUAAAAUGGAAAUUGUUGUAUUCCCUAAAAAGAUAUAAUUCCCUAACCCUCUUUUUUAAAAUUCCAGAUUAUUUUGCACUUUGCCAUAUUCCUCCCUAGGCUCUUUAUUUCAGUUGGCAGAGCCAUUUGGAUUUUGUGUCUUCUACUGGUAUCUUAUUGUUCUGAUCUAAGGAGCAUCACCUGUAGAUUUGGGGGGAUAACUGCACAAAAAAAUCUUUUUAGAAAAUGCCAACACCAUUGACAAUACCUCAUUGGAAUGGUUCUCCAUUUUUGAUCCAAGAUUAAUACUUAAUAAUAGAGCCAUGGUGGCAGUGGUUAGAAUGCAAUAUUUCAGGUUAAUUUUGCCAAUUGGAGUUAGAUUCUGACUGGCUCAAGGUUGAUUCAGCCUUCCAUCCUUUCAAGGUUGGUAAAAUGAGGUCCCAAAUUGUUAGGGGCAAUAUGCUGACUCUGUAAACCACUUAGAGGGCUAUAAAGCACUGCAAAGCGGUACAGGUAUCCUCGACUUACAACAGUUCAUUUAGUGAUGUUCAAAGUCACAACAGUACUGAAAAAGUGACUUAUGACAUUUUUUCGCACUUAUGACCUCUGUAGCAUCUCCAUAGUCAGAUGAUCAAAAUUCAGAUACUUGACAGCUGACUCAUAUUUAUGACAAUCAGUGUCCUGGGGUCAUGUGAUAAUCUUUUGUAGCCUUCUGACAAGCAAAGUAAAUAGGAAAGGCAGAAUCACUUAACUGUGUUGUUAACUUAACAACUGCAGUUAUUCACUUAACUGUGGCAAGAAAGGUCGCAAAAUGGGGCAAAAUUCACUUAACAAAUGCUUCACUUAGCAACACAAAUUUUGGACCCAAUUGUGGUCGAAUGUCAAGGACCACCUGUAUAAGCCUAAAUGCUAUUGCUAUAUUCUUCCAAACAAAGAGGCAACCUCUUGAACAUCAGAAAAGCUGAAAUGGAGGACCAUCACUAAUAAGGCAGCCAGAAAGACAGGAAUUUCUGACGUGUUUUUGCAGUAUUUUUUUCAAAUUCAGACUUAAAAAGUGUCAGUAUGUAGCAAGCAACUAUACAAAAUUGAAUUUUAAUUGUAAAUAAUGUUACAGGGCUAUUUGCAAACUAUUUUUCCUGCAUGGGCUUUCAACAGGCAAAGGACACUUCCAACUCUACCUACCUACUUAAGGUCCCUGUCCUAAUGUUCCCUUUUAUUCGUAUCCAUUUCAUGUAUUCAUAAUUAUGUUUAUACUUUUAUCUGUUAUCUAAUACAUGCUCGACGAAAUAAAAUAAAUAAAUAAAUAAAACUCAAAUUGGACCCUC